AUGGAGAAUUUCACUGAAGUGACCGUAUUUGAGUUGAAGGGGUUCACGGACAGUCCUGAGCUGUGGAUCAUUUGCUUCUUCCUCUUCCUCCUGAUUUACCUGAUCACGGUGCUGGGGAACAUGGGGAUGAUAUUGAUCAUCCGUCUGGAUCCCCAGCUGCACACCCCCAUGUACUUUUUUCUCACUCACCUGUCAUUUCUCGACCUCAGCUAUUCAAAUGUUUUCACCCCUAAAACCUUACAGAACUUACUGACUUCCACCAAGAGCAUCUCCUUCCUGGGCUGCUUCACCCAGAUGUUCUUCUUUAUAGUCUUUGGCACUGCUGAAUGCUUUCUCUUGGCGGCAAUGGCUUAUGACCCCUAUGUAGCCAUCUACAAGGCCCUGCUGUACACUGUGAGCAUGACGCCCAGGGUCUAUGUGCCACUCAUCAUCGCCUCCUAUGUUGGGGGGAUUCUACACGCUGUUGUACACACGGGGGCCACUUCCAGCCUAUCCUUCUGUGGGUCCAAUGAAAUCAGACACAUCUUUUGUGAUAUCCCUCCUCUCCUCACUAUUUCCUGCUCUGACACUCGAAUCAAUGAGCUUCUCCUCUUCCUCUUUGUGAGCUCCAUUGAGGUGGUCACCAUCCUGAUCGUCCUCAUCUCCUAUGGCUUCAUCCUGUUGGCCAUCCUGAGGAUGCGUUCUGCUGAAGGGAGGAGGAAAGUGUUCUCCUCCUGUGGCUCUCACCUAGCCAGAGUGUCCAUUUAUUACGGGACGAUCCUCUUCAUGUACGUGAGACCGAGUUCCAGCUACGCCUUGGAGCAGGACAUGGUGGUGUCCAUAUUUUACACCACUGUGAUUCCCGUGCUGAAUCCCAUCAUCUAA